AUGGGCAUCGGUCAAAGCGAGGUGAAUGAUGCAGAGACCAUCAAACGAGCAUACGGAAUCUACCCAAUUGUCCUCGUGGAAGUGGAACUAUCCAUCUGGGACACACACGCUCUCCACAACGGCGCCGACGAGUCCUGGCCGGCGCGUUCACUACAGCAUCCGACCUUCCGGGUGCCGACCCCCGGAAGAAGCUGCCUCGAUUUUCAGGACGAGGCCAUGAAGCAGAACAUCAAGCUCGUGAACGAAGCCAAGGCUCUCGCGGCUCGCAAAGGCGUGGCUCCGGCACAGAUUGCGCUAGGCUGGAUUUUGACGCUCAGCGGCAGACCUGGAAUGCCGACAAUUAUUCCCAUUCCUGGUGGAUCGACCAGUAGCAAGGUUACGGUUGUCUGA